UCAGCAGCAGCCUCAACUGACCCACUUCACUGGAAGCAAGAUGUUCUCCUGUUUGAGGAGUUCCAGUGUCUCAGGCCACCAAAAGAUUAAGUGCCCUGGCCUUUUCCGACAUGCGGUAUGCUGUGUUCAUCGACACCUCUGUCCAUUUUCCCACAGGAAAACAAGAUUCAAGCAGCUCCCUGUCGAUUUCUUGGUGGUUUGGGGACACAUGGUCUUAGUGGUGACACCAUCAUGAAGUGCCACAGGUAUGGAUCCAUGCAGCAUGGUUAUGCGGAGAUGUGAGCUGGGCUCAAGAUGAAGAGGGAGGUAAGAGCCCAUCUACACAGUGGGAUGUCUGGGGUGGCUAGGGUUGAGGUGUGAGCUGUUACCAGUCCCCAUGAUCUUGGGAUACCUGGCAGAGGAACCGUAUGGCAAUUACUGUUCAGAACCAGGGGGGAAAAAAAACCUCCAUCUACCCUUCUCUGAGCAAACUCAAAGUUUGCUACCACCUGGAGGGGCUGGACCUGACGAUGAACACGUGAGCAAUUACACACAAGUUCAGACCCUCAGGCCUCCUGGUUUGUUUUGAGGAUGGCUCUGCUUUUCUCCAAGACUGUAUGCUCUCAUAGGACAAGUAUGAUUGUACUCUGGCAUCAUAGAAAAAGUAUGGUUGUACCAUAGACUUCAUGGGCAAGUGGAGAAAAUCAGAGGUUUCCAAUGGUCUCCUUGGUUCUGAGGAGCAGAGGGAAGAAUGGAAAUUAAAGUGCCCAGGGGAAAUCCAUCCCCACCACAGCACAGUCCAGUCUGCCUAGUCCGUCCUCCAAGGGACAGAAAGUGUCUCAAGCCCACUCCACACAGCUCUACAGUCCUGACCACCAUGCCCAGCAGCACAUGGGCUGGGCAGCCUUUUCCUCAUCUAAGGGACACUGCUGUGCUGGUGAAGCGAGGCCAGGCUUCUGACUCUACUUCCCUCCAGCCUGCUCCACCCUGCAGUGCCUUAUGAUCCUUCCUGUCAAUUUGAAUGAUGAAACACCCCCAGAACUUGUCAGUCUCCAGAUCUUGCUGUUGUCAAGAUGCUAGUGAAAUACAUAUGGCUCAACGUGUGUUCCAAAGAUGUCACUAUCCAAGCCGAGGAGCUCUUAUCAGUGCUGGAGGAGCAGGAGUUCAAAAAGGGUUGUGGGCUCUUCAGGGCAGCAGUUUCUGAAUUCCCACCUCAGAAUCAGUCAGGGACAACAGAAACUCUGGAAAGAGACUAGCUUCUGUGAGAGCAACAUGGAGGUCCAUCACCCCAAGAGGGUAUGUUCAUGGAAAUGGUGGCUAUGGAACCAAGUGUCCCAGAAGCCUGGCUAGUGCAUCUGCUGUUUGUUUUGUGCUUAAAUAUGGCUCUGCCCAACUUCUCCUGUGAUGGGGACCGCUACUGCUUGCUGAAGAAAGACAAAGCUUCUAACUCUACUUUCCUCCAAAAUGUUCUUCCCAACACCAUGUUUCUCUCUGGGAUUGCUCAAGGGAAAAAAUGUUCUGAGGAUUUCUGUGAGUCUGCAGAUCUGGUCAGCCUGAACCAGCUGCUGAACUAUGUGAGUCUCCACACAGACUCCUCAGGUCUAACUGUCCAAGUCCAAGUUCUCCUAUCAAGCUGGUAUACCAAGAGUCGAAGAAUUCAAUGUCUUGGAAGAUCAGGAGACCUUAUAUAGGUGAUGGUAAGCUAGGAGGUUGUUUCCAUGAUGGGUUACACCAGGGAAUUCUCCAGAAUCCUUGAUCUGGAAGAAAAGAUGAAGGCCAAAGGGUAUGAUGUCAUUUGUGGUAGGAGGUAAUGGAGAUUCCUCUGGUAUGAGAAGGUCUUGUGUUUCCUUUUAGUCAUCUUGGAGAAACUCACACCAUCUUGGAAGAUUCUAGACUACCUCUCAAUAUGGUUCAUCUCAUUCUGUCCCUAAGGUGUGAGCUUUUCAGGGCAGAAACUACAGAACUCCCACCUCAGGAACAGUCAGAGACAACAGAAAAUCUGGAUCAGAGACCAGCUUCUGUGAGAGCUGCAGGGAGAUCCAUCGCUCCACAAGGAUAUUGUGGUUAUGGACAUGGUGCCUACAGAACCAAGUGUGCACACUCCCAGCCAGUGCAGCACAUUUGUUGUGUGAUUAGACCAGGCUCUGCUAACUCCCCAACUGAUAAGGACCACUGCUGUCUGCUGAAGGGAGACAGACCUUCUACCUUCUGCCAAUCUGCUCCUUCCAUCAGCUCCCUAUGUUUCCCCUAGGACUAAAUAUGGAAAAAUGACUGAAGGAGAUCUGUGGGUUUCCAGAGAAGGUUAGGCUCAAACAACUGUGGGUCUAUGUAAGUCUCCACAUGGCUUCCUCAGACCUCGCUGUCCUCUUCCAGGAUAGCCUAUCACAGCUUGUAGAGUAAGAUUCCAAGAAGUCAAUGCCUGAAGAAGAUGAGGUCUGAGGUAGGUUCCCAGAAAGUCAGGAGGUGGUUUCAGUGAUGGACUCUACCAAGGUACACUCCAGAAUCUCAAAAUGGAACUGGAGCAUGACAUCAGAAGAGAAGCAGUUGGUGAGAGAGCAGUUGGAUUCAGUUGUUUCUCCUGGAUUUGGACUUUUCAAAGCCUGUCGGAUCUCGACUUACAUUGUGUGGGUCUGAAAUUGCCCACAAGAUAAAGUGGUUGAAAUUGAACAGAACACCAUGGGCAGCCACAUGGAAGAGGACAUUCUUGAAAAGGAUUUCAGGAUGUUAACAUCUCUAGGGUGUGGUUCAUUCGGGGAGGUGAAGCUGGCCUGCCAUCUUCCCACACAUACACGAGUGGCUGUCAAGGUCCUUGAGAAAAACACCAACAGUGUGGCUGACAUCAGUACUGAAGUGAACAUCCUUCAGUCUCUGGAACACAGGAACAUCGUUCGAUUUUUUGACAUGAUCGACACACUGACAACCACUUAUCUGACUAUGGAGUAUGUGGCAGGAGAAGAUCUGGAGAGCUGCCUCGAGGCACUGGGCUGUCUAAAGGAGGAGGAGGCUAGAGUGAUUUUCCGGCAGGUGGUGUCAGCAGUUCACUUCCUCCACCAGAGACGCAUUGCACACCGUGAUAUCAAAUUAGAAAACAUCCUAGUCGAUGCAGCAGGAAAUGCAAAGCUUUGUGACUUUGGUAUGGCAAUUGAAAUCACAGAGGGGCAGAUGUUGGAGGAGAUCUGUGGCUCCUUGCUCUAUUGGGCCCCAGAGAUCUUGGCAAGAAAGCCCUAUGAUGGACUGGCAGGUGAUAUGUGGAGCUUGGGUAUCGUCCUGUAUGUCCUGGUCACAGGGCACUUCCCAUACAUGGAAGAAACCCUUGAAGGUAUGCACAGGGUCAUCACCACCACAAUGUGUCCCAUUCCUUACCAUCUGUCAAAACCCUGUCACUUCAUCAUUGCCCGACUACUCAUGGUCCCUCUCUGGUACCGAUUCACAAUCUGUCAGCUUGUGGAACGACCAUGGCUGGGCCCCUUUCAAGAACAUGUACUGCCUGGCACCAAAGAAAUCCUGCCCAGGGUCGUGGAGACCAUGUGCACCAUCGGCUAUACCUGUGAGGAGAUUGUUUCAUCCCUAACGCACAGGCGAGAAGAUAAUCAUGUAAGGGCUACUUGCAACAUUCUCAAAUAUCAGCUGAGUGGUGGGGACAGCCAUCAGCAAGAUCUGAUGCCCUGGCUAACUAGCAGCCCUGCAGAUCCUGUUCACCUCCCUCUCCCCUUGACCAGGAGAGCCAGUGAACCAGCAUUUACAACCAGUACACAAGCUGUGAAGAGUCACGUUAAGGAGGAGAGUGGGGAAGAAAGAGGCAAAACAUACAGAAGCCACAGCAUGCCCCACGUAUACACCCUCCUGGAUGAGCUGCCCUGUUCAGACAACACAGUCCCAGAAAGAGAUGCUCUUGUGGCUGACGUCAUCAACACUGCUACAGAGGACACUGAAGUCAACAGGAAUUCUGUUGACUCCCUGCCUGGCAAUCUCUCCUCCCCUGAAUUAAUCUUGGAUGCAACACCCAUGGGAUUUCUCAACCUGAGCUUCUGUGAGGAAGAUUCAUCCCAUGGGUCAGACAUUCCCAGUGACCAGCCCCAGGUGGCACCCACAACAUCUGGAUCCAGGCCAUUCAGGGUCUGGAAACUGGUGAGGAAGCAAAUGUCCCAUGCACUGAGAGCACUGUGUUGCUGCUACUGCUGCUGCUGCCUGCCCACUUCAAGGACCACUCACACUGCAUGGAAAACAGCAGCCUCUACCUCCAGGAACGACUUUAUACAAAUCUAGGCUGCUCAUCAUCUUGGUCACUUUAACCCUCCAACUUACUCUGUGACUGCCUUAUGGACAAAACAGCAAGACCUGUGCAAAUCCUCUGGAGAAUGGAGAUCUGGGGUGCAGCAGGAGAAAGAUGCAGCACUAUUGGUCAGUGGAGUCCAAUCCUCCUCAGUGCUGACCUCCUUCAUCCAGGAUUCCCUUGCUGUCUCCCACCUCCUGAUCCAAGAAACUUGCAUCAUUUUUCCAUCACAUGGAGGGAUUUAUAACUGACAUUUGACCUUACAUUAACAUUGUUCUGCUCCAAAAUGGGAAGGUCACCUUCCAGGUAGGGAGCACCUCACUGAUUUGGCAAAGGGAAAUGAACUCAACAGGGACUCCAGGGUACUAAUCUGUGUGAAUCAGGCACCUGCAGGUAAGGUUGAGUACAGUAAGUAUCUGUGUGUGGCAGAAGAUAAGUCUCUGAAGCCUGGUCUUGAUUUCAUGAAGAAAAGGAUCCCAUGAAGUAGCAUGUGCCAGUAUCCAUGACACAGAGGGAAAGUUAUCACUGACUUGUUCAACUGAAGAGCAAUGGGAGACUGAGAGACUGCAGAGGUGUGACAAGGGAGGAACCAGCUUCUCUGCUGUAGUUGGCCUCCAGCUCCACUCUGACCAUCUGAUCCUGGGCUGUUAGCAAACACUGAUGCAUGUUAAAGUCUUCAGCAAGAUCUUCCCAGUGGAUGAUAGCCAGCUUGUGCUGUCACUGACUUCUAGAACCCUGACCAUCUGGUGAGUCCAAGUGUCCAGAACAAGAUCAGUCAGUUUGUUCAAGAGGAGAGAGAAAUGUUCCGUUUGUGGGUAUCACCUGCUGUCAGACUGUGUUUCUGCUGCAUAUCAGUGAAGGCAGGGCUGAGAAAUGGUUGAGGAUUCUGUUGAAUUCCAGAAAUGAGAUGGGGAAAUUUCCUGAAUCCUCAUUUUAUAUUUUACUUUUUUUGAGACUGGAUCUCACUAUAGCCCUUACUCUCCCAACACGCUCUGUGUAGAACAUGCAGACUCAAUCUCACAGAGAUUGACCUCCUUUCUCUGCCUCCUGAGUGCUGUGAUUACAGAUGUGGACUGCCAUGCCUGGCUUCAAGUACUGUAUGUGCAUCAUCAAUGGUAAAUUCCUCAAACAUUUGAGGAAGAAGUAGACAAGUUCUGUGCUUCUUUCAUCCUGACAGGUUCAGGGACUGAACUGAAGGUUCUUUCAACCAGGAUGGACUACAAACAGUAGCAAAGUCCAAAUCUAACCUUCAAAAUAGAAGUCUAUGUCCACCAGUGAACAGAUACCUGGAGGACCCCCACUGCAGUCCAGGCACAAAUCCCAUGACCUCAACCUGACCAAUCAGGAGAGUCCAGAUUGACUACCUGGUCUGAUUGAUUGAGUUCUUUCCAUUUGAGCCUUGAGAUCACAGCUGAGGACUCAAGUGAUGAGCUCUCUACAUCAGGAGACACAGGGUGGUGACUUGCAGGUGUGGCCUGAGACAGCAGAAGUUGGAGCUCUGCAGGAAGUCCAGAUGGCAGUGUGCCCACUUUCCCAGCAUGAAGGGUCUGUGUACAGCACAGGAGGAGGAAAGUGACAGCAAGCUGGAGGAAAAUGGGUACCACUUUGGAUGGAAUGCUGGGACAUUGCUCCACUUUGGAAGUGCCUGGCCAUAUCCUGAAUCGUGGAACCCGAGAAUUCCUGACUUGCAUGUGUGCACACUGAGCAUUGGUGACAUGGAGGAAAAAGAGCACCUCUCCCCUCCCCUUCCUGGCAGAGUAGCAUGCCAUUGUCUGAGCUCCAGAGGAACUCAGAGGCUCCACAAAGCAACAGGAGGACAUGCUGUGGAGGAUGAUGACAUGGUUUCUCUUCCAUCAUCCAACUACAGACAACCACCCCAAAUUACCAACAAGACCUGGGGAAUCUACAGCAGUGUCCCCUUGUGGAAGCCACCCAGUGGAUAAUUACUGUUGAAUCCUGCCCAACUUAGACCCCUUUGCAUUUUGACAAUUCAGAAAGUUACCUGUGCCUCUCUGUCUUCACAGAUAACAAAGAAAACCUGCCUGAGAAAGUAAAGAAAUAUCUCAGAAGAGCCUUAGGAACUAAAUCUGCUUAUCUUUCUGAACUCUAGAGUGGAUCUCCUGAAAAGGGCAGUAUCCAUGGACCACCUGUCCCAGGCCUCCACCAACAUGAAGAGGCAGAACUUGAGGUCAUACAUUUGGCCCAUUUCUCACUGGUAUUAGGGAAACACAAUUUACUGAAGUAUUUAAUUAGAAUCCCAACGUAAUUUCUAUACAUUGGCAUUCAGAAUGCUUUGACACCUGGAGGAGAGAAUCCAAACAAUAUGAGUUCUCAGGUUCUACCAGUUGUUUUUCUAAAGGUGGCAGAUGUUUGCACUUCAUCAGACUCAGCAAAAUCCAGUCUGAUGCUCAAGCACAAGAUGUAACAACCAAUGGGACCUAAACCAGAAGACAAGAUAGAGAACAGGAGAGAUCCCUCCAGACCCCAAUCUUCUUCUUCCAGGACUUCCCACCAAGCCUCAGAGAUCCAUAAAGGGCUACAGGGAAGUAAUGGAGACUGGAUAUGUGGAACAGAACAGAAAGCUCAGAAACAGACCCAACGAAAUCCUUCCAGCUGUUUUUCUCAUAGUCACCCAUGGAAAUCAAGGAAGAUAGAAGGGCUUGUCCACAAAUGACUGCAGAAGAUUUAAGAACAAACAAUAAGAAGCCCAUUGAAAACCUGAACACAGUCAGCAUUUCAACUGGCACCAAAUUCAAACACUGUAAUGUUCACAUAAACUUAGAGAAGAGGACUACAUAAGUUCCUGCCUUAUAAAAAGGAAGAUCAGAAAUAAUACAGAGAAGAUGAAGUGUGGACUCGGGAGCCCUUCUGCCACCAGACAUGAAAAUACAGAAGCUGGAGCAUGGCUGGAACAGACACUGCCCCAGGACAUCCAGAGAGAGCCUGGCCCCUGACACACACCAGCAGACAACAAAUCCCUGACAGUGAAAGUUGUGUGGCUAUGAGGAGGUGGAGGUGUAGUGUGUGCUGUGUGGUGUGAGGAGGGCUGAAACCUAUCACAUCAUGUGGGAUGGAGAUGAGCUGUCCAGCUGAUCUGAUAACAGCACUGUAUUGAUUGUCCAGUCAGCUGGGGAAAGACGCAGGUCUGACACCUGGAUACUCACAUGUGCUACCCACAACCCUCCCCUUGUUAACAACUUACAUACAGGGUCUGUGUAAGGACAUGAAGGACUCCCCUUACCCACACUCUCCACAGAGUUCUCUAGGUAUUAGGCCUAGGUAUUCAACUCUCUUCUGCUGUCCCCCACACAAUGCUGGAUUCUAGACCAUGCUAGACAUGCCUCCCACCACAAUGUACUAAGACAUGGGGAAAGGUACCAGGCCCUGUUGGACACUUGACCUCCUGAAAAGGACACACAGUUACUGCUUGGCUCAAACACUCCUGGAAACUUCCUGCACUGACGUACAACACUAGGUAUAAUGCAGUGCGGGGCACUACAGCCAUGCCACCUCACUUAUACUGCCAGCUGUCAGACCAGAUAAACAACCUCUACAUCACACACACACACACACACACACACACACACACACACACACACACACACACAGCCUCUAAGACACUUCUAAGAAUUGGCCAAGCAUAACUUUCCAGCAAAUCACACAUUGACUGCCAGGUAUCAGCCCUCACUGAACAAAUGCUCACAAACACUUGCCAUGUGUUCUUAAAUUGGGAUGGAGAAUGUCACCCACGUAUCCCUGAUUAACAGCUAUUUAUCAGGCCACACAGGAUACUCUCUUGCCACUGUACCCAAAUACUCAGCUAGUGUUGGUCCCCAGUUGACACCCUAAAAUCACUGAAAUUCCACAUACACUGCUAGGGUUCACACCCUCUUGAAUAUCACACCCAACAACUACAAUCUACAGUAUUAGCAUCAGGGCCCAAAGGAUGUUACAUUUCAUCAACCCAUAUAUCCCUGUUGGAUAUCAGACCUGCUGGGCAUUCCAAACUCCAUGGCAACUCCUACAAGGCUAGCUGGAGGCCCUGGAAUGCACACAUCACCCUGCAGCCCUCACAUGCACUGUCAGGUGUCAGGAUCUGUUGGCUCCCUCAGUGCCUCACACACACUCUGAACUGUCAAGCACACUCGGACAUCACAUUGCACACUCCCAAUGUACUUCAAAAUGUCAUCAGACCUUGACAUACACCAGCUCAGCCAUGAGCUGACACACACUCAGUAGGGAUUGUGCCCAGCUUGACACCCCAUUCUUCCACUGCUCCCCUCUGACAUACAGCUAUCAUCAAACACACUGGACACACCACCACCCCUGUGACCACAUAUCCACUCUAGGUACCAGGUCCAGUUUGACCUCACACCCCACAUAAAUCGACAGCCAUCAGACCAUGCUGGGAACUUCUCCCCUAGUCAGGUCUUCUACAAUACUUAGAAAUUUGCACAUCUGGACACCCUCCUUCUGCUGAAGACACACCCACACUGCUAGGCAUCAGCUUCUACUGGACUCCUUCCUAUGCUAUACCAUGUGCUGGGUCUCAGGCUCUACUGCUAGUUACUGGGCCAUGCUGGACAUUAACACCUGUCCAAACCACAGUGCAUAUAAAGUGCUGUGUGUCAGGUUCAUUUGAACACAAGCUUCAUCACACAUGACUUGCUAGGUACCAGACAAUGUUGACACACACCCUUAGCCUCAAUAUACACUGCUGGACCAGGGGACAUUGUAAUUUUAAAGGCUCUGCUAGACACCUCCAUCACUGACAUAUCAAGAUUCUUGCUAUCAGACACUACCACUUUGUGCAGAUUUCAGUCAUGUAUAUUGAAGUAUAUUGUAUGCAUAUACAAUAAUUGGCUUCAAGUCUUACCCAAAAUAGCACCAUUCUGCUGACAACAUUCACUACCAGACAGGGCAUGGGUCUAAGCACAGCUGAAAACUAGCAGGGCUAUUGUGGCAGCAGGAUGGGUGAAGGAAGAGAAACUUAUUAGAUGAGGCCGUAAUCCAGCACAAUAUCCGGGUUAGGACUGGGGAGUCCUGAGGAUGAGAUACAGAGUAGGGCAUCCAGGCCUCAGGCAGGUGUGCAGCAAAGCCUGAAACCAAGCAGUGUGUUUCAGGCUAUAGUGGCAGGGGUAGGAGUGUCCAGCCACGUGAUAACUAGUUGUACAUAGGUGGGUUGGGCAGCAGGACUAGGGGGCAGUAGCUAGCAAGGCCUGUUGUGUGGGCAGCCCCUGAUAGUGGGAUGAGUCUCUGUGGGAGAAGCAGGGGGAUGCUCUGCAGUGUGUCUUAUGAACACAAUGAUGUAUGUUGGCUGGCAGCAGUUGGGAGUUGUCUAGAUUCCUUAGGACAUGACACCUAGCAGUCUAUGUAGGAAACCAGGGGGGUUUGCAGCCUUGUCUAUUCAAUAGUAAUAUAUGUGGAGCAGUGGUGAAGAUGAUGAUGUUAUAAGGAAAAUGUGUGUGUGUGUGUGUGUGUGUGUGUGUGUGUGUGUGUGUGUGUGUGUGUGUACUUGUGCUUGAACUUGUGGUGAGUGGUCAGAGUGUGCUGCAUUGUCAUAGGGAUCGCUGUCUUAGAGAAAAUGAGUCAGUGACUAGGUAAAUAGAAGCCCAGGGUCAGUAUAUUAUUAAUGAAGUUGAUCAGAGAACAUAUCUUCAAGUUAUGGACUUGAGAGAUUUUGGAGAAUAAGGGUAGAAAACAAGAAAUGUGGGAAUUGAUGAAUACAGGCCUGGGGGAGGAAUUUGACUUUAUUUUUACUGUACCAAGAAGUCAAGUUUUCUCUUUGCCAACAACACUAGGUAUCAUCGUCUCUAAGGUGUACCCACACUUCAAACCCACCCCCACGUUGCUAGGUGUCAGGUUCUACUCUGAAAAAUGUCUUCUACAGCAGGUGCCAAACACACAUGCCUAGGCAUGAUGUCCCGUAGGUCAACUGUCCAUUAAAGAAAAUGCUCCUCUCA